AUGUUGCACACGACGUUAAGGUCUGUUUCGGGACCUGUUCGCAGUCGCAUCUUCGUUCCGCAACGACUUGCCAUCAGUCGAUACUAUACAACUCCUGUCAACGAGAAUGACAAAGGAAAUUUGCCACAUGGAGAUCCUGUUAAGGAAGAUACAAAUGCUAUAAAAAUAUCAGGGACGGAUGGGGAUUCAACUGCGAAUUCUACACCAAUUACCGACGCAUUAUCUGUUGAUAAUGCCAAUUCGUUCCGCGAAUCCCAUGAUGGACCUCCGCAUAAUGAGCAAAGUGGUGAACAUGUCGAGAAGAAUCAGUCUUCUACCACAGAAAAGGCUUCAGAUGAACAACCCGUACGCAGGGUAGGACCCAAGAGAUACGGCAAGAGACCGAAAAAGCGACUAGACGACAAUGCGUUCGUUCUAAAAUACGUUCACGCAAGGAUCAAAGCAUUGAGAACAAAUACGCCAAGCCAAACUGGGACACAGGGCGACCUAUCGAGUUCCGAAAUAGAAUCAGAGAAAAUAGAUCAGGGCUACGCUGGGCAAGAAGCAAAUUCAAAUGCCCAGAGAAAGGCGGCACCACGACAGAAGGUUGUGCAAACGAAGCCACCGAGAAAAAGAAUGGCAGGUACUGUUCGUCCAGCUGGUGUAAAUAUGCAAACUGGGAGUUUCAGAGCGAAUGAUUUGGAAUUGAAAGCACUCGAUAUCGACACCCCGCCAGUACCAAACCUGGCGUUCGGGCUGGAUAGGGUUCUAUUUAAUCCCGGGGUAUAUCACCUUCGAGACCCGAGGUCACGAGUCUACAACUUUGACCCUUAUGUAGGAGUCAUCAUGCCUGUGACUGAGUUUGAUUAUAAAACUCUCAAGAAAUACGUGACGUCGUCGAAAGACGAGAGCCUAAUGCAGCUUGCGCGAGAGCAAAAGAAGAAAUAUGUCGGCUCGUCGUCGAGCAUGACGGGAGUUCUGUCCCAUUUCCACUAUUUACUGUCUAAUUGGCGCCCAAUUGACCGGAGCACAGUCUCGCAGGGGUUUCCGGAGACUAUGCAAACCUUCACGCGACUAUCGAGAGGACCAGCUGCAGUGUUCCUUCAUUACAAAGAAGAAGGCGUGUAUGCAAUCGACGCGGAUAAAGAGUUUGAUAGUGCGACUAUACUUAUGAGUUUGGGUAAAUCGUUGGAAAAGCUUCUUACAAUGCCCAAGGAAGAAUUUGAGCGAUAUCGCCGAACUCACGUCAACAAGAUCACGCCUGAAGAAGAGAGUACCUUGCCAGAAUCACACCACUAUUCCACGCUAGGGGACUUCAUAAUGCGCUCACAAUUGGAUGCACACGAUCCCAGACUUCCAGGAACCGGCAUGUUUGAUCUUAAAACUCGUGCUGUUGUAUCGAUUCGCAUGAACGCGUCGAAUUAUGAGGGUGGAUUGGGUUAUGAGAUUCACGACCGAUUCGGCAAUUUCGAAUCCUAUGAGCGCGAAUAUUACGACAUGAUUCGAGCAGCAUUCCUCAAGUACUCGCUCCAGGUGCGCGUAGGUCGCAUGGACGGUGUUUUUGUUGCCUUUCACAAUACCGAGCGUAUCUUUGGAUUCCAGUACAUCCCUAUAUCCGAGAUGGAUUUGGCAUUGCACGGCACGUCAAACCCAGGCGUGGGCGACAAGGAGUUUCAAUUAAGUAUCAAGCUUUGGAACAAAAUUCUUGACAAGGCUACAGCCAAGUAUCCUGGGCGGUCAUUGCGUUUCCAUUUCGAAACUCUGGAGAAUGACCAGCCUUCAAUGUUGAUUUUUGCGCAGCCAGUCACAGAUGAACAGAUCAAGGCUAUCCAGGAAAAGAAUAAAACGGAAAUCGAGCAAUAUGAGCAACAGCUGCUUUAUCCGGAGAGCAUUGUUCAAGAUGAAGUUGCUGAAGAUACAGACGCUGUCACCGAGGAAUCUAAAGAUGAAGCCACGACUGAAGCAACCGAUGAUGCUGAGAGGGAAGGUUUUCUUGAUUCCGCAUUGGACCGGUUAAUACGCAAGUCCGAAUCCGUUGUAGACGAUUCUAACGACGCUGCCGCUGAGUCUACCACUAACAACUCCUCCACCCACGAAGAAAACAAAGAGAAAGUAGAGAGGCAUGAGAAGCAGCCAGAGGAGAAGCCAGCGGACAACUUAGAAGAACAGCCAGGAACACAGGAAGAGCAAAAGCAAAAACGACCGGACGAGCCAGAAGAAUUAUUCUGCAUGGAGCUCUCGAUCCAAAACAUAGUCAACGGCCGCCGAGUUCUACGACCGAUGGGAACCUUGCGUCGAAGGUAUAACUGGGAGGUAGAAUACACACUCUCCGAACUACCAAAUGAUGGCGCGCUAUCCACUAUGAGUCUUUAUCGCUCAAUGUGUAAACGACGCAAGCUUGCACUCGCAGCCAAGAAGCAAGAAAACAGGAGUUUCUACGCGAGAUACUUGAGAAAAUUGGCACUCAAGGGCAAGAGGUUUAGAGCGUACCAGAAUAAGCUGGACGAAAAAGAGGGUGUUGUCGUUUUCAAGGAGAGAAAAGUUGGUCCUCCGGCGACAAGCACAACACAAUCGAAAAUGCUCCAAGAGAGGUUGCGAGUUCUCGUGGUCGGCAGCGGCGGACGCGAACAUGCCUUUGCCUGGAAGCUGAGCGAGUCGCCUUCUGUGGACACCGUUUAUGUCGCUCCUGGAAACGGCGGCACUGGACUAGGCGCACCGUCCAAGAUCGUGAAUGCCGCAGUCAAGGCGGACGAUUACCCGGGCCUGGUCGCUUUUGCGCAGAAGAAUAAUGUCAAUUUGGUCGUUCCGGGGCCUGAGGCGCCUUUGGUUGAUGGUAUUCAGGGUUACUUUCAAGCGGUUGGCAUUAGAUGUUUCGGCCCAACCAAAUCUGCUGCCCGUAUGGAAGGAUCCAAGGCAUUCUCGAAGGAUUUCAUGAAACGACACAACAUCCCCACAGCAGCAUAUGAGAACUUCACCGAUUACGAAGCGGCGCGCAAAUACCUCGACUCGGUUACACACGAUGUCGUUAUCAAGGCCAGCGGUUUGGCAGCAGGAAAAGGCGUGGUCUUGCCCACUACUAAGGAGGAGGCACAUGCAGCUCUCCGCGAGAUUAUGUUGGAUCAUCAGUUCGGAGAAGCCGGCGAUGAAGUUGUCAUUGAGGAAUAUCUCGAGGGUGACGAACUUAGUAUCCUCACAUUCAGCGAUGGUUAUACGAUCAAAUCUCUCCCGCCAGCACAAGAUCACAAGCGUAUCUUUGAUGGAGAUCAGGGUCCUAAUACUGGAGGCAUGGGCUGCUACGCACCCACACUUAUUGCUUCGAAAGAAGUCAUGGCAGAAGUUGAUCGGGAUAUUCUCCAGCCAACAAUCAACGGAAUGCGGAGGGAAGGCUUCCCGUUCGUCGGAAUACUCUUCACAGGACUGAUGAUGACCAAGAACGGCCCGAAAGUCCUCGAGUACAAUGUCCGAGGCGGCGAUCCAGAAACAGAGACUUUGCUUCCUCUUCUAAGCAAGGACACCGAUCUGGCCGAGAUCAUGGUCGCAUGCACAGAGCACUGGCUGGACGGAGUGUCAAUCUCCGUCGAACCCAACUUCUCCACGACAGUCAUUGGCGUUUCAGAGGGCUACCCUGGCUCAUACGAAAAGGGUCGUCCUAUCACCCUAGACCCCGUUCCUGAGGAUACCCUGAUAUUCCACGCUGGAACUUCACUCGUCAACAACAUACUCCAGGCAACCGGCGGCCGCGUGAUCGCAGCCACCUCCGUUGCAUCGACCCUAGAAGAGGCAGUACGAAAGGCCUACGUCGGCAUCUCCACCAUCCACUUCCAAGGCAUGCACUAUCGCAAGGAUAUCGCACACCGAGCAUUCCGUGAUGCCGCGAAACAGCAACAAAAUAAGAAUGAUGAUGGCUUCACAUAUGCCAGCGCCGGAGUCUCGAUUGACGCCGGAAACGAUCUCGUCAACAAAAUCAAGGCAUCCGUUGCUCGCACGCGCCGCCCAGGCUCUGAUGCAGUCAUCGGUGGAUUCGGAGGCACUUUCUCUUUGGCAGCAGCCAACCCGGCCUACCACCCGCUCUCGCCCACGUUGAUUGGAGCCAUCGACGGAGUUGGCACCAAGCUCAAAAUUGCACACGCCGUGGGCGUCCACGACACCGUCGGAAUCGACCUGGUAGCCAUGAAUGUCAACGACCUAGUUGUGCAGGGUGCAGAACCCCUCUUCUUCCUGGACUGCUACUCAUGCGGCAAGCUCGAUGUCCAGACAGCAGCGUCUUUCGUCACGGGCGUAGCCGAGGGCUGCUUCCAGGCCGGCUGUGCGCUUAUCGGAGGCGAAACAGCCGAGAUGCCCGGCCUUUUCCUCGACGAAGCCUACGAUGCUGUCGGUGCCGCAGUAGGCGCAAUCAACACCAACGGCGAGAACGCCCGCGCCCUUCUGCCCAACACAUCCGCCAUGAAACCGGGCGAUACAUUGCUAGCCCUUGCAUCUGCCGGCGUGCACUCUAACGGAUUCUCCCUAGUGCGCAAGAUUGUCGAGCAUUCCGGCCUUGGCUAUGAUGACGACGUCCCAUUCACCUUCUCCCCAUCAACAUCAACAUCAUCCUCCCUGACCAAAAGAGAAAAGCAAACCCUCGGCACAGCCCUCCUCACCCCUACUCGAAUCUACGUUAAACCACUUCUCAAAGCCCUCACAGUCCCAUCUUCUUCAUCUUCAUCUACAUCAUCAACCGCCAUCAAAGGCAUGGCUCACAUAACUGGUGGCGGUCUCCUCGAGAACGUCCCGCGCAUGCUUCCAUCCACCCUAUCAGCACACAUCGACGUAUCCGCGUGGUCCUUACCACCUGUAUUCCGCUGGCUAAAGGCCACCGGUAAAGUGUCCGCGCAUGAAAUGUCGCGCGCAUUCAACUGCGGCGUCGGUAUGGUUCUGGUUGUUGAUUCGAGCCGUGUAGAGGAUGUGUUGCGCGUGUUGGAAGGGGAAGGUGAGACGGUUUAUCGCAUUGGAGAGUUGAGGGUUAGACAAGAAGGAGAAGAGGGCGAGGGAUGUGUGUUGACUGGUUUGGAGACGUGGGAUGUUUAA